GAGGGGGGAUUCGAACAUGUAACCUAUCGUUCACAACACCUCACUUAGAAUUGGGCAUGGGCCGGGCCUGUUCACGAGCUCGGCCCGCGGGCUUGGGGAAAUGGCGGGUCAAGCUUGAAAUUUCCAAAUUUUGUCCGCGGCUCGGCCUAGGCCCACGGGGUCGCAGGUUGGGCUCGUGCCUCCCGCGGGCAUGGCCUAUGUUUUAUGGUGUUUUUUUUGUAUUUUUGACAGUUUUAGGCUAAAAAACAAAGGAAAAGAGCAUUCGGGGUUCGGCCGCAAGCUGGCCCAUGCGGGAUCGUGCAGGUGCGGGUCUGAAAUAAAAUUUCUUGACCGUGACAGGCCCGCGGCCCACGUAGCGAACAACAGGCCGGGCCUCGAGCGGGCUCGUGCCGGCUCACGUGCUGGUCCGGCCCAUGCCAACCUCUAAGUCCUCACUUAACCAUUAGGCCAAGACAUUCUUAAUUUUUUUUUGGAUUUUAUAUGAUACUACUAUAAUAUGGACUCAUUUUGUAGCGUAACAUUAUUGUUAAACAAAACUAAAACCACCCCAUUUAAAGAAGAAGAAGAGGAAGAUAAAUAAUUAGAUCCAAUUUUAACCAUCUCUCUCCUCUAUAUUUUCAUGGCGCCAUCAUCAAAAUUCAUAACAAACCCCCCCAAAUUAAUAGUGGAAAUGUAUGUAACAAGACAGUAAAUCUUAAAACUUCGACCUAAACAAUCCCAGUUUUUAAGAAAUCAUAUAAAACCCUCCAAUCAAAUUCCUGAAAUUCUGAUUUCAUUAACUCCCUCAUUGUGGAAAAUCCAAUAUCAUUAUAGGUAAAAAAGGAAAAAAAGAACAAGAAAAAAAUGGGUUUGUUGAAUUUGAGACAGAGUUAAUGGGGGAGAGAUUGAGGAAGACGUUUGCAUGCCACCGCAUUGAUGCAAAUAACUCUAUAAAUCUUUCCCCUUCAUUUACUACUUUCUUAUUGCCAGCUCAAUUGCCUAAUUGGCCUGAUGGACAAGGGUUUGCCACUGGAACAAUCAAUCUGGGUGAAUUACAAGUUGCAGAAAUAACCAGGUUCGAGUUUGUUUGGGGCUCUCAUCUUUCACAUGACAAGAGAAAAGGUAUUUCAUUUUAUAAACCCUUAGGAAUACCUGAAGGUUUUUUCUGCCUUGGUCAUUACUGUCAACCAAAUGGCAAGCCUUUGAAUGGAUAUGUUCUUGUGGCUAAGGACUCGCUGUCACACAGUCGUGUCAGUACAGACUCUGAAGCCAUCUCUUCAGCGGCUCUUGCAAUGCCAGUUGACUAUACUAUAGUCUGGAAUUCUGAUGAUGGUAUGGGUAUACAUGAUCAACCGGGUUAUUUUUGGCUACCGAAACCUCCUUUGGGUUAUAAAGCCCUAGGGUUUGUUGUUACAAACCAGCCCGGUAAGCCUGAUUUAGAUGAAGUAAGAUGUGUAAGAGAAGAUCUUAUUGAUGAUUGUGAGACUUGUGGUUUAUUGCUUGACAUGGUCUCAAAAUUUCGAAAAAUCCCUUUCAAAGUUUUCGAGACUAGGCCGUGUGAUAGAGGUAUGCUAGGGAAAGGUGUCUCUGUAGGGACCUUCUUCUGUAGUAGCCUAUGGACUACUAUAUCAGAAAUGCCCGUUGUUUGUUUAAAGAAUAAGGACUCAAAAUGGAAGUACGGCAUGCCAAAUCUGGAUCAAAUCCAUAUGCUAAUUCAUCAUUAUGGUCCUACCAUACUCUUCCAUCCUCGAGAGGUCUAUUUUCCAUCUUCUGUCUCAUGGUUCUUCAAAAAUGGAGCUCUUUUAUUUAAAGCAGGGCAACAGCGCAAUGGUGAAGCCAUCAAUGCAGACGGCUCAAAUCUGCCUGGUGGUGGAACGAAUGAUGGCGAGUUCUGGAUAGAUUUUCCCGAGGAUGAUGAUCUAAGGAAAAUUUUCAAGCAUGGAAAUCUCGAAAGUGCUGAAGUUUAUGUUCAUGUAAAACCGGCUCUAGGUGGUACUUUUACUGAUAUAGCAAUGUGGGUUUUUUCGCCAUUCAAUGGACCAGCUACUCUAAAGAUUGGACCAACUAAUAUUGCAAUGAGAAAGACAGGUGAACAUGUUGGUGAUUGGGAACAUUUUACUCUUCGUAUAAGCAACUUCACUGGUGAACUUCAUAGCAUGUACUUCUCACAGCAUAGUGGUGGUGCAUGGGUAAGUGCUUGUGAUUUGGAGUUCGUGGAGGGGAAUCGGGCUAUUGUGUACUCAUCCAAGAGCGGCCAUGCUAGCUUCCCACAUCCGGGGAGCUAUCUUCAGGGUUCAUCAAGUUUUGGUAUUGGUGUAAGAAAUGAUUGUGGUAAAAGUAAUUUCUGUUUAGAUUGUAGUACUCAGUACCAGAUUGUUGCUGCUGAAUAUCUAGGAGCGGAUGUUACUGAGCCUCAAUGGCUGCAGUUUAUGAGAGAAUGGGGACCAAAGAUCGUCUAUGAUUCGAGGAAAGAGCUUGAUAAGAUAGUCAAACGACUUCCACGAGUAGUAAGGUGUUCAAUUGCGAACUUUGUUGGCAAGUUUCCGGCGGAACUCUCCAGGGAAGAAGGUCCAACUGGUCCAAAGGAGAAGGACAAUUGGUUAGGGGAUGAAAGAUGGUAGAAAGAUACCAAUGCUAAUAUACAUGGUGCACCUAGGAGCAUACAUCAUGGUGGAGCAUGCAAGUAACUUGUUGAUGAACUUUUCCCCCCUCUUCAAUUCAAACUUAGGUUGUGAAUUGAUGUAGUUUAGUUAUUGAUUAAAUCGAUUCGUCCUAAUUAUGUUAGUUAGGAUAUGCUACUUUUUUUUAUGGGAAUUAGCCAAUUAGGGUAUAGUAUUUGAGCUCAUUUAUGGAACUAAAGUGAUUAUUUAGGUGACGUUCUAUACUCUUGAAAACUAUGUCCUAUGUGCAUUAUUGGCUAAAAUAAUGAAAGAAAAAGAACAAACCAUGUAACAUUA